AGUCUAAACCCCCGGAGAAGGGCGAGAAAGAAAGGCAGGCAGCAUUAGGUUCCCAGCCACCUCGAUGCAGCAGCAAAUACGGCGAUGCGGCGCCGUCGCCUUCGCCGCGCUCCGGCGGGUCCGCCACUUCCCUCACCCCACCGUCGCCGCCGCUGCACCUCCUACGGCGGCGUGGAGACGCCCUUGCACUCCCCGCCCGUACUCCACCGCCGACAUGAGCCACCAGCUGCCUGCAAACCUGGUACAGAUCAUGGAGCAGAGAAUGAGAUUGAUAGAGCAGAAGAGUGCAUACCUCCAGGAGCAAAUCAACCAGCCGGCUGCCUCACCGGAGGAAUACUCGAGGGCUAACAAGGAGUUCCACAAGCUGGAGAGCACCAUUGAAUUGAUCAAGGAGCUGCGAUCAAAGCAGAAGGAAAUUGAGGGAUUGACAUCCUUGGUGACAAACUCCGUUGAAGAGAAAGACAUGCGUGAAAUGGCAGCUGAGGAGCUCCUUGAGGCUGUUGAGGAGGAGAAACGACUGCAGCAUGAGUUGUUCAGAACUUUGCUUCCGAAAGAUGAAGCUGAUGAGAGGGACUGUAUAUUGGAGGUGCGAGCAGGAACUGGAGGAGAAGAAGCUUCUUUGUUUGCUAUGGAUAUAUUCAAAAUGUAUGAGAAGUAUUCCCAAAAUAAUGGGUGGAAAUUUGAUACUAUUGACAUAAUGGAGUCUGCUGUAAAAGGAUACAAGGAAGCUAGUGGGACCAUUUCAGGUCCUGGGGUAUACGGGAAGCUUAAAUUUGAGAGUGGCAUUCAUAGAGUUCAGCGAGUUCCAGUAACUGAGAAAUCUGGACGUGUGCACACUAGUGCUGUAUCAGUCGCUGUUCUUCCUCAAGCUGAUGAGGUUGAUGUCCAACUGCGUAAUGAGGACUUGAGAAUUGAUACCUACAGAUCAGGUGGCUCCGGAGGCCAGUCUGUCAAUACGACUGAUAGUGCUGUUAGGAUAACUCAUCUUCCAACUGGAACAGCGGUUGCAAUACAAGAUGAGAGAUCACAACAUCAGGUUGGAAAGCCAUGGGUUUCCCUUUCAAGUCAGAAAAUAACAAGGCCAAGGCUCUCAAAGUUCUCCGGGCAAGACUAUAUGAAUUGGAAAGGCAUAGGCUCCAUGCAGACCGGUCGAAGCUCCGAUCAGAGCAGAUUGGAAGUGGUGACAGGUCCGAGCGCAUCAGAACAUACAACUUCCCACAAGGACGUGUCACCGACCAUCGUGUCGGGGUCACGCACCACUCCAUAGUGGACGUCAUGGAGGGAGAGAGCCUGGACGUCUUCAUCGAAGCGCUGCUGCUGCAAGAAGAGAUGGACGCAAUUGCUUCGUUUGCUUCAUGAGCCCUAAUUUUUGUGGAUUUCUUCCUGGAGUGACAAACCACAUCAUAAACACACAGAACACUGAACCAACGAAGAGAGGAAACUUUAGGAUUCACACAGUGUAUUGUUCGGCUGUUCUGAGUUGACAUGUUUCUCCGAUCCUUGUUAUCUCGGGUUAUGGUCUUACGGUCAUUUGCUGUCUUGUCAUUGUUUUGUGACUGACUGUUGGUUCUGAUAUUUUUCCCCGUGUAAUUUUCUUUGGGGUUACUCCCAGAUUUUCUGCGGUUACUUCUUUAUAGCAAAAAAAUGCCCUGGAUCUUUGGCCACCUUUGAACUGAAUUGAAAUGCUAAAUUCUCUUAAGAAAACUA